AUGAAACAGCACGGAGACCCGCCCGGACUUUGCUGUGACGUCACGAAAGGACAAAUCUUUAUACCGCGAGGUCAUUCGGCCUCUCUGAGUGGCCGGUUACAGGGAAACGGCGUCGCCAUCUUGAGGCACGAACCUAGCAGGACACCAUCAUGUACCCGUCAUCUCUAACACUGCUCGCCCGGGCUAAUCCGUUCAGCUCCCCUCUGUUCAGCCUCCAGAAGGUGGAAGAACCGCAACAACCUCUCCAUGGACAGAGGACCCGCAGACUUGCAGCAGCAGCCGCUGCAGAAGAGGAUGUGAGCUGCGAGUUUGGCUCCUCAAAGUACUAUGCCCUAUGUGGGUUUGGGGGUAUCCUGAGCUGCGGUAUCACACACACAGCAGUCGUGCCCCUCGAUCUUGUCAAGUGUCGUCUUCAGGUGAGCCCAGAUAAAUACAAGAGCAUCGGUAACGGCUUCGCAGUGACAAUAAGGGAAGAUGGCGUCAGGGGACUGGCCAAGGGCUGGGCCCCCACCUUCAUCGGCUACUCCAUGCAGGGACUGUGCAAGUUUGGCUUCUAUGAAGUGUUCAAGGUCUUCUACAGUGAUCUCCUGGGAGAGGAGAAUACCUACCUCUGGAGGACAUCGCUGUACCUGGCUGCCUCAGCCAGCGCAGAGUUCUUCGCCGACAUCGCUCUGGCUCCCAUGGAGGCAGUCAAGGUUCGUGUCCAGACCCAGCCAGGCUACGCUAACACUCUCAGACAGGCCUUGCCCAAGAUGUACGCAGAGGAAGGAAUCUGGGCAUUCUACAAGGGUGUGGUUCCCCUGUGGAUGAGACAGAUCCCCUACACCAUGAUGAAGUUCGCCUGCUUCGAGCGCACAGUGGAGAUGCUGUACAAGUACGUCGUUCCCAAGCCCCGCAGCGACUGCAGCAAAUCUGAGCAGCUGGUUGUCACAUUUGUGGCCGGUUACAUUGCUGGUGUGUUCUGCGCCAUCGUGUCCCACCCUGCUGACUCCGUUGUGUCUGUGCUGAACAAGGAGAAGGGCAGCACCGCAGUCCAGGUCCUCAAGAAGCUCGGACCCAAAGGUGUGUGGAAGGGUCUGGUUGCCCGUAUCAUCAUGAUCGGUACGCUGACCGCCCUGCAGUGGUUCAUCUACGACUCUGUGAAGGUCUACUUCCGUCUGCCCCGCCCUCCUCCCCCCGAGAUGCCAGAGUCCCUGAAGAAGAAGCUGGGCCUCACAGAGUAACGUGACGGGUUCUGUCCUUCAUUCCUUCACUGAGCCUCAGCCCACAGUCGACUCCUCUGAACCUCACUACUCUGAUCCACAGCACUCACACACACACAGAGCAGUUUUCUACACUGUAUUUAUGUCGUCAGCUCAGAACACUGAGCGGCUGCAGCUCAUGUUUAUUUAAAAAAACAAAAAAAGAA